CAGGUUGAAUCAGAAUCAUUAACUCGGCAAUAUCCUUUCAUUAUUGGAUUGGGUAAUAAACAAAACACACCAACUUCAGUUAAUAAUGAACAAUCCUUUCCUGAUUUGUCAUUUUGUUUACCAAAGAUUUUCUUUA